AUGGCAUCUGUCGACAUCAAGAACGACUACAGCAUGGAGGCAGGAUUGUUGAGCACUGACCGAGAAGAGAGGACCAUGUCGUCAAAGGAAGCACUCCUCCAGGAUUCGGAAUCUGCCCAGACCAUCCCACGGACAAAGACCAAAAGGAUAUCCCCAGCUGGCAAGGCCUUGAUUGCUCUGGCCGCUUGCUGUCUUCUGGGUGUCGGUGUAGCAUCCAUUGGAGGCGCUACCCGACUCUGCCCUGGACAUCUCCGCCAUGGUGAUGUUGGAAAGCAUGGUAUGAACGCUCAUCGACCAAAUCUUUCCGAUUCCAUGGCCCAGAUGGUUCGACGACAAAAUACACCAGCACCUACCGAUACAGAGCAGGGCACUGAUCCUACAGAUGCCGCUUCUGAUGGCGCUUCCAAUGCUCCCUCGGGCGGCUCUUCAGGCGGAGCCUCUGGUGGUGCUUCAAACACCGUACAGCAACCCACUGCUACGGCUGAUGAGCCCACGAACGAGGCUAGCGAGACUGCUGUUCAGCCUUCCGCUACCGGCGGAGAGCCGACCGACCAGGCCAGCGCCACAGAUGAGGCCUCAAACACCCAGGCUCAGCCGUCAGUUACUCAGCCAUCUGCCACCAGCCGACCCUCUGCCACCGCCCAACCUACCGAGGACUCAGCUACUGAAGCAUCUCCUUCUGCCACGGAAUCUCAAGAUGAGUCUACUCAGCCUGCAUCCACAGCCGCCUCUACACAGCGAACCACCCGCAGGACCACGGAGAACCGACCCUCGUCCACUGAGGACUCUUCCCCUGAAUCGACCACCGAUGAUUCCGAGGCCACUGCCACUGAUCAGGAAACCGCAACUCAGACAGACGAGGCUUCACGAACCUCAGACGAUGCCGAAAGCGCGACUGAGACUAAGUCUGAACGAAGCACUGUGACUGGAACAGGUACCAGACGAACUUCGAGUGCUGUGCCCAAGACCUUCACUUCUACGCUUGAGGAUGGUGGCAUUACAACCCUGACUUCGACUUCUUGGGUUGAGGUUGUCCCCUCCGCCGAAGCUACCGCUGGCAGCCCUGACCUUCAGAACGCCGCUCCUCGAUCCGUCGGUUCAGUUCUUGGCGCAGUUGUGGGUAUGGUCUUCGGUGGUUUCAUUCUCCUGUAA